AUGUCGGGAAAAGGUGCAAAAGGAUUGAUUAUGGGCAAGUCCUCGGCCGCAGGGGGAAGCAAGGACAAGGAUAAGAAGAAAUCCAUCUCUCGAUCAUCUCGUGCCGGACUCCAGUUUCCAGUUGGUAGGAUACAUCGUCUUUUGAAGGAAAGAACCAUGGCAAACGGGAGGGUGGGAGCAACGGCGGCCGUCUACUCUGCAGCAAUAUUAGAGUAUUUAACUGCUGAAGUGUUGGAACUAGCCGGCAAUGCAAGUAAGGAUCUGAAAGUGAAACGUAUUACUCCAAGACAUCUCCAGCUUGCAAUUCGAGGUGACGAAGAACUCGAUACUCUGAUCAAAGGAACCAUUGCCGGAGGAGGUGUAAUUCCACACAUCCACAAGUCUCUCAUUAACAAAUCAUCCAAGGACUAG